AUGGUGGCCUGGGGCAGCCUGCCAAGGAACAACAAGCCCGACCACGGCCUCCUCGCCACGCCAGAGAAAAAGGAACAGCAGGGCGGCUUCAGCUUCGGCGACGCGUCGCAGCAGGAAGAGAAGUGGCGCGCGACCAUGUCGGGCCACGGGCGCGUCGUGCUCAACGUCGGCGGCAAGAUCUUCGUGACGCUGUCGUCGACGCUCAUGGACUCGCCCUACUUCGAGAAGCUCCUCGCGAACCGCAUGGGCGACGAGGGCGACAUCUUCAUCGACCGCGACGGCGAGCCCUUCUCGUACAUCCUGAGCUUCUUGCGGACGGGCAGCCUCGUCAUCGCGCCCGAGGCGCAGCACAUGCUCAAGAGCAUCUUGCUCGAGGCCGAGUACUACGGCGUCGCGGCCCUCGUCGAGCACGUCAGCGACCGCUGCCGCGCGAAUUUGUUGCCGCGCGACGAGGACGCGGAGGACGGCGCCUACGAGAAGUUCGAGUACACGUACCUCGUCGCGCCCAAGAGCUCCGAGGGCGUCACGGGCCUCGUGCGGCACCGCUGCUUCCCCGAGUGCUUCUUCCGGUCCAUCCGCGAGACGAAGAUCGUCAGUUUAAGCCCCGCGGUCCCCGACACGUACGUGCACUGGAUCGACGGCGACGACGUCGAGCACGGCAUGCCCAUCGUCGCCAUGGCCCUCGUGGAGCUCAUCUACGGCGACUCGCGCGUCGAGCCCAUGAUCAAGUUCGAGAACGACUACGUCCAGCCCAUCUCGACGAUCCCGAACCAGAACGCGGCGCACACGUGGUGGAUCGUCAAGAAGACGCUCGUGAAGAUGGACGAGAGCAUGGUCAAGAGCGCGCUGAGCGCCAAGGAGGCGAACCUCGUGCUGGACAAGGUGCCGACCUUCCUCGAGAUCUGCGAGUACGAGGACCCGAAGACGCUCCCGAUGCGCCCCGCAGCCCGCGGGCGCGCCGUGCGGCCCGCGAUCCUGGGCCUCCUGGCCCUCGGCGCCAGCGGCGAGUGGUGCACGGACCGCACGUCGCCCCUCUGCGUCGGCGACGGCGCGCUGCGGUCGCGGUGGCAGGGCGGCGACAUGCCCCAGGGGUCGACGGCGUGGACGGCGCGGGAGCGCGCCGCCGUGCGCGCGGCGCUGGCGACGCCGGCGACGACGGUCCGCGACCUCGACCUGCCCAGGGUCUACGUCUACCCGUUCCCGCCCGAGCUCGUCGACAUCUACGGCCUGCUGAAGAGGCACCUGCCGGCGGCGCAGGUCGCGAAGCUGUCGCCGAACAUCACCUACUUCGACUUCGCCGGGGGCCUCGACCCGUCGCAGCAGGCGUCCGAGUCCUGGGGCCCCGAGGCGCUCGGCCCGCGCGGCGAGGUCCUGGGCCGCGUCUGGACGCCGUCGGCGACGCUCGUCGGCCGCUGGAACGAGGCGAGCGCCGAGGACCGGGGCCACCACGGGGGCGCCUUCUGCAAGGACGCGCUGGCGCGGGGCGACGCGGACGUCGUCGAGGGCCGCUGCGUGCUCGAGCGCUUCAGCCAGCACGCGAUGGCCCAGGCGCUCCACCGCGCUCUGGCGGUGGGCUAUCCGAACAUCGUCACGAAGCCGAAGGACGCGGACCUCUUCUUCAUCCCGGACCACUUCAUCUCCACGCUCGUCGAGCGGCACCGCAUCUCCAAGGACCAGUGGUGCUCCGCCGUCGGCCCCGUCUGGCUCAGGCACCUGCGGAAAUUCCGCACGAAGCGCGACGGCAGCUUUUUGGGACGGCGCAACCUCGAGGACCACUUCUUCGCCAUCGGCCGCGCCUGGCACCACCCCGCGGACCGCAAGAAGACGGAGAACCUCAAGCGGCUGGAGCGGUUCGGCGUCUCCGAGGACUGCGGGUACCGCUGGGCGCUCCGCGGCGCGCACCGCCUCGUCCUCGAGAGCCAGUACAACUACAACCGCGCCUGCGCGCGCGUCCACCCCGUGCCCUACCAGGGCUUCCUCGCCUGGGACGACCGGCCGGCCUUUGGGGCCGACUGGUUCGGAACCGUCGCGGCCGGCCCCGGGGAACGACGGACGCGCGUCACGGGCUUCUUCGCGACGCCCGACGGCAAGGACCCGAGCGGCACGCGCGACAAGUUCGCCGCGGCCUGCGCGGCCAUGGACGACUGCGAGCGGCUGGCGGACGACACGUCGCCCGUGAACACGCACUUCGAGGCCGCGUACCGCAACUCCACGUUCACGUUCCAGCCCUGCGGCCACAGCGCCGUGCGCAAGGGCAUCGUCGACAGCAUCGACGCGGGCGCCGUGCCCGUGCUCGCGGCCGCGGAGCCCGACUUCGCGGACUGGGUCUCCGCGAAGGACCAGCGGGACUUGUGGCCGUGGAACUGGCCGCAGCAGGGGGCCUCGUCCAUCAUCCUCCGGCCGGACCAGCUCGACGACGUGCCGGGCGCGCUGGCGGAGGUCGACGCGGAGCAGCUCGGGCUCUUGCAGCGCGUCCUGGCGCGCGCGGCGCCGGGCAUGGCCUACCCGCUCGCCGCGCGGUACCGCACGCUCCGGUCCAUCCCCGCGGCCUACGCGGCGAGCGCGGACCGGCCGCCCAACGGCCUCGAGCUCAUCCUGCACCACCUGCGGCGCGCCGUGGCCAUGGCGCCGGCGAACGCGACGCUGGCCCUCUGCGAGGAGGAGGUCGAGGCCAUCUUCCGGAAGCGGAAGCCCGGGGACCUCGCGGGCUUCCGCGCCGCGCGGGCGAACGCGACGGCCAAGGCGCGGGCCAUCGGCGCGGGCGUCGACGUCGACAUCAGCGAGACGCUGAACCCGUACCUGCCCUUUUGA